AUGAAGAAGGAAAAGACGGCAGAUAAUUCUCCCUGCACAGUUCACCAGAUUCUGAGCCUGACCGGCAUCAGUUUCGAGCGGAAGAGCAUCAUCGGCUUCGUGGAGCUGACCAUCGUGCCGGUGAAGGAGACGUUGAAGAUAAUCCGUCUGAAUUGUCGCCAGUGCCGGAUCUAUCGGGUUAUUCUGAACGACAGCUAUGAGGCCACGUUCCAUUACUUUGAUCCGUUUCUGGACAUUUGCCAGGACAACAAGACCAAGUCGCUGGAGGUGUUCUCCAAGUGUCACUUGGAGAUGGCCAAGAAGACCGACCCGGACAACAAUGCGGGUGAGCUGGUGAUUGUGGUUCCGGAGCAGGCCACUCACCUGAUUGGCGAGGGAAGAGGGCUGCGGAUUGGAAUCGAGUUUUCGCUGGAGGAUCCUUCCGGCGGGGUGCACUUUGUCAUUCCCGAGGGAGAGGGAACGAUGGAGGAACGGGCGGCGCACAUGUUCACUUACGGGCACGAGAAUUCUUCGAGACUUUGGUUCCCUUGCGUUGACAGCUAUGCGGAACCGUGCACUUGGAAGUUGGAAUUUACCGUGGACAAGAACAUGACGGCCGUCUCCUGUGGGGAGCUGGUCGAAGUCGUGAUGACUCCGGAUUUGCGUCGAAAAACGUACCAUUAUACGGUGUCGGUUCCGGUUUCGGCGCCGAACAUUGCGUUGGCCGUUGGUCCGUUUGAGAUUUACGUCGACCCGCACAUGCACGAGGUGACGCACUUUUGUCUGCCCCAGUUGAUGCCCCUGCUGAAGAAUACCGUGCGGUACAUGCACGAAGCGUUCGAGUUCUACGAGGAGGCACUGACGCAGCGAUAUCCGUUCACCUGCUACAAACAGGUCUUUGUGGACGAAAUCGACAACGAUUGCAACGCGUACGCCACGAUGACGAUCCUGUCGACGCACCUGCUGCACUCGAUUGCCAUCAUCGAUCAGACGUUCGUCGCGCGUAAAGUCAUGUCCAAAGCGAUCGCCGAACAAUUCUUCGGCUGCUUCAUCACGAUGCAAAACUGGUCGGACGCCUGGUUGGCACGUGGAAUCGCCGAGUACAUGUGCGGUCUGUACUCGAAAAAGUGCUUCGGUAACAACGCGUACCGCGCCUGGAUCCGAGACGAACUCGCCGAGGUCGUAAAGUACGAGGAAAAGUUCGGCGGAAUCAUUCUGGACUGUAGCCAGGCGCCGGCUCCCCCAGCAGUUUCCAGCAUCAACCAAUCCCCAGCCGCCCCAGCGAAAGCCUACAACGACAAUCCGUUCUAUUUCCCAAUCAAAAACAUUCACACAAUCUCCCCAAAAUACGUUGAAAUCAUGCGCAAGAAGGCCCACCUCGUGAUUCGCAUGCUGGAACACCGCAUCGGCCAAGAACUGCUCCUGCAGGUCUUCAACAAACAGCUGGCCCUAGCGUCGAACGCCGCCUCAACGAAAAUCAGCAGCGGCCUGUGGCACCAGCUGCACAUCUCCACCAACAUCUUCACGAAGGCGAUCUUCACCGUCACCGGCAAGGACAUGGCCGUGUUCAUCGACCAGUGGGUGCGAACCGGUGGUCACGCCCGCUUCACGAUGACCUCGGUGUUCAACCGGAAGCGUAACACGAUCGAGCUGGAGAUUCGCCAGGACGCCGUCAACCAGAAGGGGGUGCGCAAGUACGUGGGGCCGCUGCUGAUCCAGCUGCAGGAACUGGACGGCACGUUCAAGCACACGCUCCAGAUCGAGAACAUUGUCGUCAAGUCGGACAUUACGUGCCACUCGAAGAGCCGGCGAAACAAGAAGAAAAAGAUUCCGCUGUGCACCGGGGAGGAGGUGGACAUGGACCUGUCGCCGAUGGACGAAUCCCCCGUGCUGUGGAUCCGCCUCGACCCGGAGAUGACCCUGCUGCGUUCCGUUCACAUCGAGCAGCCCGACUUCCAGUGGCAGUUCCAGCUGCGCCACGAGCGCGACGUGACCGCCCAGCUGGAUUCGAUCGCCGCCCUCGAACGGUACGCCUCGCCGGCGACUCGGCUCGCCCUCACCGAUACCAUAGAGAACGAGCAGAUUUUCUACGAAGUGCGCUGCAAGGCCGCGCUCUGCCUGACCAAGGUGGCCAACUCGAUGGUCACUUCGUGGCAGGGUCCGCCGGCCAUGUUGACGAUAUUUAAAAAGUUCUUCGGCUCCUUUUCGGCGCCGCACAUUAUCAGGCAGAACAACUUCACGAACUUUCAGCACUACUUUCUGCAAAAGACCAUUCCGGUGGCGAUGGCGGGGUUGCGGACGGCGCACGGAAUCUGUCCGCCGGAGGUGAUCCGGUUUUUGCUGGACUUGUUCAAGUACAACGAUAACACCAAGAAUCACUACUCGGACAAUUACUACCGGGCGGCGCUGGUUGAGGCGUUGGGGAACUCGAUCACGCCGGUAGUUUCGAUGGUGCACCAGGGAAUGGCGUUGACGUCGGAGAACUUGUCCGCGGAUUCAAAGUUGGUCCUCGAAGAGGUCACCAGGAUAUUGAACUUGGAGAAGCACCUUCCCUCGUACAAGUACACCGUGUCGAUUGCGUGCCUCAAGGUGAUCCGGAAGCUGCAAAAGUGUGGCCACUUACCCACGAAUCCGAAAAUCUACCGAAGUUACGCCGAGUACGGGCAGUACAUUGACGUUCGGGUGGCCGCCAUGGAGUGUUUGGUGGACUAUGUGAAAAUCGACGGCCGCUGGGAGGACCUGGAGAAUUUGAUCGACCUGCUGGAGACGGAUCCGGAUCCGAUGGCGCGCCACAGGCUGGGCAGGUUGCUCAUCGAGAACCUUCCGUUUGAUAAGGGCAAUCGACACCGGCUGGAUCGGGAGGAGCUGGCACUGCGCAUCUGGAACAACAUGAAUGGUCUCCUGUCCCACGACACGCGCCUCCGCUGCGACAUGGUCGAUCUGUACUACACGCUGUACGGAACGCGCGUGCCAAACUGUCUGCCCAACCCGGAGCUCGCCUCGAUCCUGAAGCCGCAGAAACUGGCCUCGUCAUUCGCCGCCGUGGCCAACCGCGAACGAACCGACUCCGAGCGCGAGCGUGACCAGCUGGCGGAAAUCGAGCUCGAGUCCAUGUCCCAGAAGCGCCAGCGUUCGCUCAGCCCGCUGGACGUGAAACCCCUCGACCUGAUCGACAUUGGCCCAACGGAGUUGCUCAUCCCGUCGAUCCGGAGCCGCGAAGGUUCGCCAAUGGGCAUCGGAGAGGAGGAAAUCCGCGACGAAAUAAUCCUCGAAACGGUCGACUCCAACAUCAAGACCGAAAUCGUCGAAAUGGUCGACCGGCAGUCCGACCUCAAAGAGGAAAUCGUCGACCUGGACGACCAAAACUCCAUCACCAUGGUCAGCACGGAACCGCCGCCGGUGAAAAAGUCCAAAACCGACUUCUACUCGGACAACUCGAUCUCGCUGCCGGGAAUCACGCCGAGCAGCAGCUCCGUCACCGGUCCGACCGGCUUCGAGCCGGGCAUGUUCGGCAGCAGCAGCAAAUCGUCCGAAACGGUCGUUCCGACGGUCGCGUCCGAACCGAGCGUCAGCAGCAAAUCCGACGGAAGCAAGAAAAAGAAAAAGAAGGACAAGAAAAAGCACAAGCAUAAGCACAAACACAAGCACAACAAGGACAAGGAUCGGGACCGCGAAAAGGACCGCGAGAAGAGCAAGGAAAAGAAGGACCCGAGCAUCGUGCGGCUGAUCAAGGAGGACACGCAGGAAACGCUCAGCUCGGCGGACAGCUCCAGCCGGGACAGUAAUCCGACGACGUUGGAUUUGACGUUGUGAAUGUGCGUAUUUUUUUUAAAUUUAAUUUCCCCGCUCUAAUGAUUAUGGUUUAUAUGUGUUUUGAGACAGAUGAAAAUACAUUUAUGUCUAAGGUAUCGUGUAAACAAGAAA